AAGCCGACGAUGGAAUUAACAACUUCUUCGACAACAAACUCUGAUACAAAUACCAGAUUUUCUUUUCUUGCCUCAUACGAUAAACGCUGACACCAACCCUUUAAAAGAAAAACACAUACACGCACAGACAGAGAAAGAGAGAGAGAGAGAGAGAGAGAGAGAGAAGGGUGAGGGAGAUGGAUUUUGAGCUGAGGAGAGCGAGAGAGAAGUUGGAGAAGGAGCAGAAAGAGAGGAAGGAAAGAGCCAGGUUGAAAUUGCUCAGGGAGAGGAAGGCUAAAGAAGAAGCUCAGAAGCAAAGGGAAGCCAUUGAAGCUGUUCAAAGAUCCAGACGCCUUGAUGCAGCUGAUGCCCAACUUAAGGCUGAUCAACACAGGGAAGAAAGUUUACUUGCUGGUAGAGGGAUUGUUUUUUAUAGGGUAUUAGAAGCAGUUCCUUAUCAGGGUAAUGGAGAUAAGAUCAAACUACCGCCUUCUUGCUUCACAGAAGUGUCUGAUCAAGGGGCUUUUGAUAAGGGACCCCUGUACUUUCAACUGUCUCAAGUUCCUGAAGAGGGUUCUUCAAACAUCAAUGCUGCUGAUAGAGAAAAUCGCAGGACUACUCAUUCAGGUGUUUUAGAGUUCACUGCAGAUGAAGGUACUGUCGGGCUUCCUCCUCAUGUUUGGCAGAAUUUGUUCCCAACAGACACGCCAAAGAUUCGAUUGGUUGAAGUUCGUUAUGUCUGGCUGCCAAAGGGAAGUUAUGCAAAACUUCAACCUGAUCAGAUUGGCUUUUCUGACUUGCCCAACCACAAAGCUAUCCUUGAGACAAGCCUACGUCAACAUGCUACCCUUUCUGAAAAUGACAUAUUCACAGUCAAUUAUGGGGAGCUUAUAUACAAGUUACGGGUCCUUGAACUAAAACCCUCUUCAAGUGUAUCAGUUCUAGAAACAGAUAUUGAGGUUGACAUAGUUGGUCCUGACUCAUCUGUGCAGAGAACUGAGCAGAAUAUCCUACAUCCUCUCACUUUUGGGAAACCAGAAGCUGGAAUUGUUGAUGAAGGAAACUACAUGUAUCACAAGUUCUCCAUAGAUAAUGACACUUGGGAAAAGGUUGUUUCUGAGGAUGCUCACGUUGAGAUAAGGAUAGACGCAGAGUCAGGUGGUGGAGAUACUGAUCUUUAUAUUUCCAAGCAUCCUCUCAUAUUCCCAACGCGACACCAGCAUGAAUGGUCUUCCCAUGACAUUGGUUCAAAGGCCUUGAUCCUUAGCUCUAAAGAUAAGAGCUUUGGAAUAGGUAAUUAUAGUGUUGGUAUUUAUGGCUUUAAGGGAAGAAUAAAGUAUCAUGUAUCAGUAAGUGUUCAGAAUAACCGUAACAGUAAAGUAGGUCAACAGGCUGCAUCUGCCUUGUCAUCGAUGGAUAUGGAUACUGUAGAAUGUAAGAACUGCAAGCAUCAUAUACCCAGUCGGACUAUAGCACUGCAUGAAGCCUAUUGCAGCAGACAUAAUGUUGUUUGUCGGCAUGCUGGCUGUGGAGUUGUACUUAGGGUUGAAGAGGCCAACAACCAUAUUCACUGUGACAGAUGUGGACAAGCUUUUCACCAAGGAGAAAUGGAAAAGCACAUGAAGGUGUUCCAUGAGCCACUUCACUGCCCCUGUGGUAUUGUCCUUGAGAAGGAAGAGAUGGUGCAACACCAAACUUCACUUUGUCCCUUGCGUUUAAUCGUAUGCCGAUUUUGUGGUGACAUGGUUCAAGCUGGAAAUUCUGCUAUGGAUGUUCGGGAUAGACUAAGAGGAUUAUCCGAGCAUGAAAGUGUCUGUGGGUCUAGGACUGCUCCGUGUGAUUCGUGUGGGCGUUCUGUCAUGUUGAAGGAGAUGGACAUCCAUCAAGUUGCUGUUCAUCAAAAGAACUAGUGUGCAGAUUCAACUUUCCUUACACAUAAGUGGGCUGCUCGUAAAACAUCAGAUUUUGCAGUGCGGCCAUGGACAUCCCUGUAAGGAAUAUGGGAACUUCAGCAGGAAGAAAAAUGGCAGGGCGGUCCUAUAAACCAUAUUAAUUACCAUUGUAUGUGCACGUGAAAAAGAUGAUCACAGAGGAUAAUUGUUUGGUCAUGCGUUUGAAAAAGGGAGUCAUGUAAUAUGCAAUAUUUGUAUUUGGCUUUCCUGAUGAUAUAAUAUUUGCCAAGUUGGAUCCAGAGUCAUUGUUUGACAUUAUUUUUCUCUCUCUUGAAAUAAAUUUACAUUGUUUUUAUUA